CCUCCGCGCCCCGCCUCGCCCGCCCUGCCCCGGGCUCAGAUGGCUCAGGCGAGGAUCAGCGCCAAAGCCAACGAGGGGCGCUUCUGCCGCUCCUCCUCCAUGGCCGACCGCUCCAGCCGCCUGCUGGAGAGCCUGGACCAGCUGGAGCUCAGGGUUGAAGCUUUGAGAGAAGCAGCAACUGCCAUUGAACAGGAGAAAGAAAUCCUUCUGGAAAUGAUCCACAGCAUCCAAAACAGCCAGGACAUGAGGCAGAUCAGUGAUGGAGAAAGAGAAGAAUUAAAUCUGACUGCGAACCGUUUGAUGGGACGAACGCUCACCGUUGAAGUUUCUGUUGAAACAAUUAGGAAUCCCCAGCAGCAAGAGUCCCUGAAGCAUGCCACAAAGAUUAUAGACGAGGUGGUCACUAAGUUCUUGGAUGACUUAGGAAAUGCCAAGAGUCACUUAAUGUCACUGUACAGUGCAUGUUCAUCUGAGGUGCCGCCUGGGCCAGUUGACCAGAAAUUUCAGUCCAUAGUCAUCGGCUGUGCUCUUGAAGAUCAGAAGAAAAUUAAGAGAAGACUAGAGACUCUGCUUAGAAAUAUUGACAACUCUGACAAGGCCAUCAAGCUACUAGAGCAUUCAAAAGGAGCUGGUGCCAAAGUUCUUCAACAGAAUACUGAUAGCAAAUUCAAUUAGCCUUCAGUCCCAAGGCCACUGACAAAAAUCAUAUAAAAAAACCACUAUUUGAAGUGAUCACUAGUUGUCCAUGUUAGGCAUAACCAGUUCUCUGAUACUGACAGUUGUUUUGGAUGAAACGAUUCCAAUGUCCACAGUUCACAAGUUCUAAUUAAAAUUAGAAGUAUUUGAGUUACCUGUUUCUAAGUUUUUAGAUGGCACUCUUGUCUUAUACUAGAGCUUAGCACUAUAUAUUUAACUUGUAAAACAACAUCAUAUGUAGGGGAAUAAAUGUCACAGCAAAAACACUGCUGCCCUGUCCUCAACUUUGGAAGCACACGGGCACCGUGGCACGCAGUUGGCUUGAAGUUCCUCGUUGUGAGCAGUGAGCUCACAUGCCUCACAGUUAGGAAAGCAUUCAGCAUGAUUGCAGGGAAAAAAGAAAAACAUCAGAACCUUGUCCUGCAUGUUCGCAAUGUUUUAGGUGUUAUUUACACAUCUUGUAACAUGUACUUUUAUAGAUGUGGAAACAUGACAUAAAAUGCCAGAAAAACCACUGUUUAUUUUACCACUGUGAACAACUGUGUAUCCACUUGCCCUCUCGAAUGCAUCCUGUUCUCUGGAGUUUCAUUGUCACAACUUGCCCGUUUUCUUCACCUGGGGCCAUGAAGCCUGCUCCUCUGCCUGUAAAGCCCUGUUCCACGCAGCUGUCCCACGGUGGACUUACCCACUCACUUCUUCCUGGAUAUCUGGGUUGCUUCCAACUUGUUGCUACAAGUUUAUGUUCACAGACCUUAUUCUUCCUUUCUGAUGUUUGUAUAAAAUUUCCAUGAAUCUACAUUUUCAUGGCUUAAAAUGCAUUUCUAAAGUUUUUUUUGUGAUAUCAAUUUGUACUUAUACUAUCUUUGGUAAAAGUAACCAUUUCACUGUAAUAUUUCCAUCAUUGGGUAUUUUUUCCACCAUUAAACAAACAAAAAAAGAAACAC